UAGUAGUCGCCGGCGCGAGUUUGGCACCGGAUAGGGGGCGGGUCUUCCGGGACAAGGACGCAUGGGUGAGGAAGGUCAGGUUCAGUUAUGUGUCCCAGUAAUUUGCCACAUUUCCGAAAUGGGCAUGGAGAUAACAGCAUUCUGUGGUGGCUUCAGUGACUACUGCCCUACUGAGUUCCCUCCUCCUCCGGCUACCUUUGAACUCUAACUCCUUGCCACUCAAGAAAUGUCCUCCCUUUCAGAAUAUGCCUUGCGCAUGUCUCGUCUCAGUGCUCGGCUAUUUGGUGAAGUCGCCAGGCCUACUGAUUCCAAGUCUAUGAAAGUGGUGAAACUGUUCAGUGAACUGCCCUUGGCCAAGAAGAAGGAGAUUUAUGAUUGGUAUCCAGAUCACCACAUUUACUCUGGACUCAUGCGGACACUCCGACUUCUGGGACUCUACAGAGAUGAGCAUCAGGAUUUUAUGGAUGAGCAAAAACGACUAAAGAACCUUCGUGGAAAGGGGAAACCAAAGAAAGGAGAAGGGAAAAGAGCAGCAAAAAAGAAGUAAUGUUGGUCCCUCAAGAGGGAGAAUUUCUUCCUCAGUGACAGAGAGAAAAAGUGCAUUUAUUGUCUUUCCACAUAUUGGAGGAAUGUCAUCUUCCUAAAUGAAGGUUAUUUGGAGGAACACAGUCGUACCCUUGUUGAAAUCUAAUCCAGUUAAAUUGUAGCUGGUUUCUUGAACACAUUCUAACUGUGCAAAAUUAUUUUGGCCUUGGUCAUGUUAUGUGAUGUUUACCUAGUUCUCUAAUGAAAUGAAUAAAUAAGUUAUUGUUUGAUGAUCUGUUUGGGGUGAGGCAGGAUGAUGAGGAAUGGAGGGGAAACUUAUAUUAAGUGAGCAUCCUAUGGUGUUCCCAUUUCUCCCUUCUUGCUUACUAACCCAGCCCUAAACUUCUUUCAUCUCGGGCCCUUCAGCCACUGUCUCCACCACCAAGCUCACAAACUUUCAGUGCCCCUUUGCCUACUCCUCUGAGAAAUCUAUUAAGAUGAAUUUGUAGGGUAAAUAUCUUUUAAAAGGAAGUAUUGUAUACCUGCUCUAUACAAGAUACUGGUGCCCUGGUAAUACAAGUGGUUAGCAAGAGAAAUACUCCCUACCUCGUAUAAGUUUCAGUCUUAUGGGAGGGACUGAAUUACAUACAAUUGUAUGCACUACGUAAUUACAUAUAAUUGUAUUACAUGCUACAAAGGAAAAAGUCAGCCUUUGUAAGAGCAUGGAUGGAUGGAUGGAUGGGUGGAUGGGUGGAGGCAGAGGGAGAUAGCCAGCAGCCCAAACCACAUUAGGGAAUUUAAAGAAAGCUUCCCUAAAGAAAUGAUAUUUAAGCUGAACCUUGAAGGAUAAAUAAGAGGUAGCCAAAAGGAAAAUAGUGAGAAAGGUGUUUGAGGCAGAGAGUACCAUUUCCAAAGCCCAAAGAUAUGAAGAAAUUGUCUGUUCAAAGAAUACUGACUUGUUGGCCAGGUGCAGUGGCUCAUGCCUGUAAUCCAGCAUUUUGGGAGGCCAAGGCAGGUGGAUCACAAGGUCAGGAGUUGGAGACCAGUCUAACCAACAUGGUGAAACCCCAUCUUUACUAAAUAUAGAAAAAUUAGCCAGGCAUGGUGGCGCGUGCCUGGAAUCCCAGCUACUCAGGAGGCUGAGGCAGGAGAACCACUUGAACCCGGGAGUUGGAGGUUGCAGCGAGCUGAGAUCACGCCACUGCACUCCAGCCUCAGUGACAGAGCGAGACUCCAUUUAAAAAUAAAAGAACACUGACCUGUUCGUGGUUGGCCAUAAGAAAAUAGAGGCCAGAUCAUGAAGGGCUUUGCAAAUUCUGUGAAAAAGCUUGAACAUAACCAGAAGUUAUUUCUAUGAAAAAUGACUGUUGUAUAGAUUUGAGUAGCUCACUGCUGAUUUUAUUGUGUUCCAGCAAUGAGUUUCCAAAGAGAUUGUGAGGCCUUCUCUGAUUUUUUUUUUUCCAAAAGUUGUUCUGAAUCUUUAGCAUGUCCAGUAAAUUUUUUAAUAACCUUUUUUAUUGUGAUAACAACAUAAAAUUAGUGAUGUUAAUCACAUUUAAGUGUACGGUAGUGUCAACUAUAUGCAUGUUAUUGCACUCACGUACCUUUAACCCCUGUUUCUACUUCUCAGGUAAAGAAUACAAAGUGCAUAGGCAGGAGUUUGUAUAGUAUGUAUGAUUUCUAAGGUAGAAAGAAUUCCAGUACCUAUGUUUAAAUGAAUGUUACUUUAAAGAUACCUAAUCCAGAUAGUAUGCCUAGGGCCUAUUUUAUAGCCUGUUUUUUAGAAAAAAGAAUUAAACUAAAAUUGGGUGGUUUGUGUCUGAUAGAAGUGAAUUCCUAAUAGCUUGAUGGUGUCUAAAAAAAAUUAAAUUUAAAAAGAAGUGAAUUCCAGCAGAAGGCUUGAGAAUUCAUUCAUUCAGAACUUUUUACUGAGCACCUGCUGUGUGCCUGACACAUAAUAGGUGUAGAGGAUACAGAGACAAAUAGACUUAGUCCCUAAGAUUGUGUGAAUGAGCAUGUGUGUGUUACAGAGUAUUGGCAAGAUCACAGAAAUAUGCUUAGAAAAGUGCAGAUGCACUGUUAUUCUUGGCCAAUGCAGCUGAGCCAGGUGUAGGUAGAUGAUUACCCCAGGAUAUUGGAUUGAGAAACAAGCUCUCAGCCUGACCCCAGUGUAGCUAAGUAGACGUUUGAAUUAUGUGAUCUCCAGCUUUUGGAAAAGAUCUGAAUGUAAGAGGAACUUAAGAGAAUUCACAUGAUAAUUUAGAGAGAAUAGUGCAUUACAUUCUAACCGCAGGACUUGAGUCAGAAACAAAGAAUCGAUGUAUUGGUUUGCCAAUGAAAGAACUUCAGUGAGAUCUCAGACCCUGACCCUGCAGUGAGCCUUAAUAAUGGUUGACAGGGAAGUUUGUAGAUAACGCAGCAGUAGAUCAGUGUGCCACUGCUCCAGGCUGAAAAUCAGAAAUGAAAGCUAAAAUAUAUUUGUACAUAAGCUAUACCUUCAACUGAUAGAGCAAGCUGUAUGACUCAAAACAGCCUGUACAGAACUACGAUGGACCAGCUAGAACAUAUUAAUAGAAGAUAAGGAACAGUUAACUCUUGAGAGCAGGGAAGUCAAAUUUCAGGACACCAGUGAGCAAGGGUUAAGAUGAAGACUAAUCAGAAAAAAUCUUUAACUCCAAGUUUAGACUAGCUAGUUUGUUUAAUUGGAUUUCUCUGGUCAAAACCUAAACUAUUGGUGCUUUCUAAGGUUUGGGAAUUAGUAUGCAUAGGCCAUUUUGCCUUCUAUUUCAGCAUAACAUAUUAAAAAGACUGGGUUUUGGAUUCAAAAGUAUAGGUUUGUGACAUAGUGUACUUACUGGUUAUGUGACCUUAAUUCAGUUACCUUCUUUGAACCUCUUUCCUUCUCUAUAAAAUCAUAGUACUUGAUUAGAUUCAUGAAAUAAGAUAUUUGUGAAAAGGACUCUGUAAAUUACAAAAAGUUAAAAACUUAGCCGGGCGCAGUGGCUCAAGCCUGUAAUCCUAGCACUUUGGGAGGCUGAGGUGGGUGGAUCGCCUGAGGUCAGGAGUUCAAGACCAGCCUGGCCAACAUGGUAAAAGCCCAACUUAAAAAAAAAAGAAGUUAAAAACUUUUACAUACAGUGUACUGUGUGACUAGUAAGUACUGCUGUAUCUUACUAGCACGAUUUUCGUAGCAGCGUUGACACAUAUCUGCUAAAAAUAUAAAGUUCCCCACAGUUACAAGCAGCAUGAUAGGUUCAGGAAGAGGAGGUAGAUGAGAGGUAACAUCUUAUUAUUUACGUAAUUUGGGCUCCAGAAGUUGUUUUUUAAGCACCAUAUAUGUUUGUGUUUCAAGACAAACAUAAGGCAUCAUAUAUUUAAACAUAACCAUAAUGCUUGUAUUUGUAAAUCAUCUUCCAAGAAAGAAUAAAUCAAAAUUUGAAAUUC